AGAUCUAUUGGACAGGUCUUUGGUCAAAGCUUUUGUGCCUAGAAAAAAAAAUUAUAUACUUGAACAACAAUCUUGAUUGCAUUUUAUGUGUUUAUAGUUAUAUAAGCAUAAAGAAUUCACCUUUUUGUUGAGAUAAUCAUUUUUCUAAUCUUGAUUAUUGGUGCCUUGUUUGUCAUUGUAUAUUCUUUUAGCUUUUUGUUUGAAUCUACUUGCCCUCUUCUUAUUCUAUAGCCCUCAUAGUUUUCUGCACAUAUAUACAUACAUGUGUGUGUAUUCUCAAUUAUUCAUUUCUUGAUUUUUUUUCCAAGUUUCUGGGGCUUUGAGCUUUGAGCUUAUUGGUUGUAAUUCUUUCUGGGGUUUUGUUUUUUGCUUUUAGUGUAAUUCUUUAUUGUAUAUUUUGGAGGUUUGUUUUAGGCAUUUGGGCAUUCCUCAGGCUUGUUUUUCUUGAAGUAGCUGCACCUUUGAGUGCAAAGAUUCAAUCUUUUUGGUUUUUCUUGAGGCGGGCUUGCACUUUUGAGUGCAAAGAUUGAAUCUUUUUGGUGUUUCUUGAGGUGGGCUUGUUGAAAUUGUUUGGUUAAAUUGCAGUUGGAGUAGUGAUUUUUAGACCAAUGACUGGGAGGAGGAGAAAGAUACAUUUUAGUAAGAUCUACACAUUUAGAUGUGGAAAAUCUAGUGUCAAAGAUGAUCAUCAUCAGAUUGGAGGGCCUGGAUAUUCAAGAGUAGUGUAUUGUAAUGAACCUAAGAGCUUUGAGGCUUCUUUAACUGAAUAUGCAGAUAAUUAUGUUAAGUCUACAAAGUAUACUCCUGCAACUUUCUUGCCAAAAUCUUUGUUUGAGCAGUUCAGGAGAGUGGCAAAUUUUUUCUUUCUUGUUACUGCAAUCUUGUCAUUCACAAAAAUUGCUCCUUAUUCUGCUGUGAGUUCUGUUUUGCCUCUGGUUAUUGUUAUUGGGGCAACCAUGAUCAAGGAAGGUGUUGAAGAUUAUCGACGAAAACGACAGGAUGAUGAGGUGAACAGCAGAAAGGUUAAUGUACAUCAGGGUGAUGGAACCUUCAAACAGUGUGAAUGGAAAGAGCUAAAAGUAGGUGAUGUGGUUAAAGUGCAGAAGGAUGAAUUCUUUCCAGCUGACCUACUCUUACUUUCUUCUAGUUAUGAUGAUGCAAUCUGCUACGUUGAGACCAUGAACCUUGAUGGAGAAACAAAUUUAAAACUAAAACAGGCGUUGGAGGUAACUUCUUCGCUUCACGAGGAAUCGAGCUUUAAGGAUUUUAAGGCUGUUGUUAAAUGUGAAGAUCCAAAUGCAAAUUUGUAUACUUUUGUUGGAAGUAUGGAGUUGGAAGAACAAAACCAUCCCCUUGAACCUCAGCAGCUUCUUCUUAGAGACUCUAAACUUAGAAAUACAGAAUACAUUUAUGGAGUUGUUAUCUUCACUGGCCAUGAGACAAAGGUAAUUCAAAACUCUACUGACCCCCCUUCGAAGAGAAGCAAAAUUGAGAAGAAAAUGGACAAAAUUAUAUAUUUUUUGUUCGGCGUCUUGUUCGUAAUGGCAUUUAUUGGAUCAAUUGUCUUUGGAAUUGUUACGAAAGAUGACCUCCAUGGCGAACGCAUGAAAAGGUGGUAUCUAAGACCUGAUAAUGCUAACAUAUUUUUUGAUCCCGACCGAGCUCCAUUGGCUGCAAUUUAUCACUUCCUGACUGCCCUGAUGCUUUAUAGUUACUUGAUUCCAAUUUCACUGUACGUGUCAAUAGAAAUUGUCAAAGUUCUUCAAAGCAUUUUCAUCAAUCAAGAUAUUGAAAUGUACCAUGAGGAAACUGACACACCAGCUCAUGCCCGCACCUCUAAUCUAAAUGAGGAACUUGGCCAAAUUGACACGAUACUUUCAGACAAAACAGGAACACUAACUUGCAAUUCCAUGGAAUUUAUCAAAUGCUCUGUGGCAGGAACACCAUAUGGUCGAGGUGUCACUGAAGUUGAGAGGGCAAUGGCCAAAAGAUAUGGAACAGCUCUAUUAGGAACCAAGGAUAAGAAGAAUGAUACUGUGGAGAAUGAUACAAAACCCCAUAUCAAAGGCUAUAAUUUUGAAGAUGAAAGGAUCACAGACGGAAAUUGGGUUCAUGAACCUCAUUCAGAAGUCAUACAGAAAUUCUUGCGUCUAUUGGCUAUCUGCCACACAGCAAUUCCUGAUGUGGAUGAAAAUACUGGAAAGGUCACAUAUGAAGCUGAGUCGCCGGAUGAAGCAUCAUUUGUCAUUGCUGCCUCAGAACUUGGUUUUGAGUUUUAUAAAAGGACACAAACAACUGUUUCAAUUAAUGAGUUUGAUCCUGUGUCUCAUACAAAAGUUCAAAGGGAUUAUGACCUUUUGAAUGUUUUAGAAUUCAACAGUACGAGAAAGCGGAUGUCUGUUAUUGUGAGAAAUGAAGAAGGACAACUAUUGCUACUCUGCAAAGGUGCAGACAGCGUCAUGCUUGAAAGGCUCGCGAAAAGUGGAAGGCAAUUUGAAAAUGAAACGAGGGAGCAUGUGGAUGAGUAUGCUGAUGCCGGCUUAAGAACAUUACUGCUUGCUUAUCGUGAACUCACUGAAGAAGAAUACAAAGAAUUUGAUGAGAAAUUUAAAGCGGCCAAGAAUUCAGUAAGUGCAGAUCGAGAGACACUGAUUGAUGAUGCCACAGAGCUGGUUGAGAAGGACUUGAUUCUUCUUGGUGCAACAGCAGUUGAGGACAAACUCCAACAAGGGGUCCCCGAAUGUAUUGACAAGCUUGCUCAAGCAGGAAUAAAAAUAUGGGUUUUGACUGGAGAUAAGAUGGAGACCGCAAUUAAUAUUGGGUUUGCUUGCAGUUUGCUUAGACAAGGAAUGAAGCAGAUAAUUGUUACCUUGGAGACACCAGAGAUUAAACAAUUAGAGAAAGUGGGAGAAAAGGGCCCAAUAGCUGAGGCCUCAAAGAAGAGUAUCCUCCAACAGAUAAGUGAAGGAAAGGAUCUGAUCGCGUCAUCAGGCAAUGAGGCAUUUGCUCUGAUCAUUGAUGGUAAAUCACUUGUGUAUGCUCUGGAAGACGACCUGAAGAAAAUGUUCUUAGAUCUUGCAGUUGCGUGUUCCUCAGUUAUUUGCUGUCGCUCGUCACCUAAACAGAAGGCACUGGUUACUAGACUUGUAAAAGAAGAAACCGGAAAGACAACACUGGCAAUUGGUGAUGGAGCAAAUGAUGUGGGUAUGCUUCAAGAGGCUGAUAUCGGAGUCGGAAUCAGUGGAGUUGAAGGAAUGCAGGCGGUGAUGUCAAGUGAUAUUUCCAUUGCUCAGUUUAAAUAUCUGGAACGCUUACUACUGGUGCAUGGGCAUUGGUGUUACCGAAGGAUCUCAUCAAUGAUAUGCUACUUUUUCUACAAAAACGUCGCGUUUGGUUUCACUCUCUUCUUCUAUGAGGCAUAUGCCUCAUUUACUGCCCAACCUGCAUACAAUGAUUGGUUUCUGUCCCUCUACAAUGUUUUCUUCACAUCACUUCCCGUGAUUGCUAUGGGAGUUUUUGACCAGGAUGUAUCAGCUAGAUUUUGUCUCAAGUUCUCUCUAUUGUAUCAAGAAGGUGUGCAAAAUGUGCUUUUUAGCUGGCGAAGAAUAAUUGGCUGGAUGCUCAAUGGAGUUUGCAGUGCUGUUAUAAUAUUCUUCCUCUGCACAAGAGCACUAGAUGUCCAAGCCUUUAAAAAAGAUGGGAAAACUGCAGGGUUGGAUGUAUUAGGGCCGACAAUGUACACAUGUGUAGUCUGGGUAGUUAACUGUCAAAUGGCCCUUUCCAUCAGUUACUUCACCUUGAUUCAGCAUAUCUUCAUCUGGGGCGGAAUUUGUCUCUGGUAUCUUUUCCUCCUGGCAUAUGGGGCCUUGCCACCGAGCUAUUCAACAAAUGCUUAUAAAGUCUUCACUGAAGCCCUCGCUCCAUCAGCCUCCUACUGGUUCAUCACUCUAUGUGUUGUGAUCGCAGCAUUGAUACCUUACUUUUCAUACAAAUCUAUUCAAAUGCGGUUCUUCCCUAUGUACCACGGCAUGAUACAGUGGAUAAGACAUGAAGGGCGUUCAGAGGACCCCGACUACUGCAACAUGGUCAGACAAAGAUCAAUUAGACAUACAACAGUAGGUUUUACAGCUCGGUCUAUGGCCAGAACAAAUCCUUUAACUGGCAGCAUUCAUUAUCAGACAUCGACCGCAAGGACUAAUCCUUUAACAGGCAGCAACCAUGGCCAGAGAUGACGCGUUGUGUCCAGUUUUCGAUUACCAACUCAAAGGGAAUGAACUGGAGAUCUGCCCCAUGCACAUGAUUAAAUGAGGGAAUGCUCCACAGAUUACAAGUACCUGAAAUCUGUACAGCAGCAUAAGAUAAAUGUACAUUAUGUUAUAUUGUCAGAUAGAGGCCGCAAAAUCUUGUCAUUUCGCUUUGUAAAUUUUUUUGGUUAUAUUUGUCUUGUCGCCAUAAUACUUUGUGGUGAAAGAUGUAAAAGUUUUGUUGUAAAUUACAUUACGAAUUCAGAUUUUCUUAAAAACAAUGAUCAUAUUUAUCAUAUA